UGGCGACGCUGACUCCGCUUCACCAAUAGGGAGAGCGCAGAUGGGCCGGGGCUGCUGCUUCCUGGAGACCGCAGGUGUAGAAGCAAGCGUCGCGCCGCGCCCCAAGCUGGACGGGCUUCCGAAGCUGGCAGGGCGAGCACGAUUUUAAAACGGCCAAGUUCCGACGAUCAGAGCCGCCCUGGAGUCGGGACUAGGGCUCCAUCUCUCGAGACGCUCAGCUCACGUCCCUUCCUAGUUCACAUUCUUGGAGCACCCCACGCUUGAGAGGAAGAAUUAGGAUGCUGCCUGCUUACAUGCCAAGGAGAUGACACAGGAGGGGCAAGCCCCAGAGGAGAAGGUGGGGUUAGAAUAGAUUAGAAAAGGUAGCUUUAUCCCCUCAGCCUUCCUUAGUGGUUCCUUGUUUCCCGUGGCCCUCUUCUGGAAUUUGGGGUGUACCUAAUGUCUUCAUGGUUCCUUAUUAACUUCUUCAGGAAGGUAAAAUGACAUACAUCUGUCUCCCUUGCUCCUUGAAGCGCGCCAAGCCUAUGCUUACUCCUUCAAGUUACAGUUGAAGUGUAAGGAUCAGAAGAAAGAUUACUGUAAUAUGUCUCUAAGAUGUAGAGAGGACUCUUCUUGCCUUCUAAGUUUUUUUCCCCCAAGGCUUCAGUUUUUCCUUUGUGCAUGAUGGGGAAGUUCUCUCAUUCCCAAUAGAGUCCGGGGGAUUUGGGCUAUUCAGGGUACAACUUCGAAGAACAAACUCAAAGAGGGGUUGAGAAGAAAUUAAGCUGGACUCCUGCCUGAUCCCCCGCUGUGGUAGGAUGAAUGUCGGGGUGGCACACAGCGAAGUGAACCCCAACACUCGAGUGAUGAAUAGCCGGGGCAUCUGGCUGGCCUACAUCAUCUUGGUAGGACUGCUGCAUGUGGUCCUACUCAGCAUCCCCUUCUUCAGCAUUCCUGUUGUCUGGACCCUGACCAACGUCAUCCAUAACUUGGCUAUGUAUGUCUUCCUACAUACGGUGAAAGGGACACCCUUUGAGACCCCUGACCAAGGAAAGGCUCGGCUACUGACACACUGGGAACAGAUGGACUAUGGGCUCCAAUUUACCUCUUCCCGAAAAUUCCUCAGCAUCUCUCCCAUUGUACUCUACCUCCUGGCCAGCUUCUACACCAAGUAUGAUGCUGCUCAUUUCCUCAUCAACACAGCCUCACUGCUGAGUGUACUGCUGCCCAAGCUGCCCCAAUUCCAUGGGGUCCGUCUCUUUGGCAUCAAUAAAUACUGAGAGAUGGGGCUGGGGACGUUGGAACAAAGGGCUGUAACAUCCCUCCUUUUUCUAUACUGUCUUCUAUAUCUUGAAAGCCUGAGAACUAUGUUUCCCAAACUCCCAGAGGAAACUCAACUUUCCCAAAUUUUCAUUGGAAAAUGGGGUUCCCUGGGCCCAGCCCUGCUAGGAGCAGGUUUCUUUGACUGAGGAAAGACAAGUGAGGUAAGGGGCAAAUCACUCUCCACAGCAGGAAGCCAUGUUGGGGCAGCUUUUUGGUUGAUUAAGUUUUUCCAUCUCAUCCACUCCCACCACCUUCCAUCCAGCUCUGUUUUACUGUGUAUUUUCCUUAUAAUAAAGAUAAGUAUUUUCA